CUUAAAUAGUUAACACAAUAUAUUUAAAAUGAGUGGGAGAACUUCCUCCAUCAAAUGCUGUUGAAAACGUGUGAGUGGUUGUCAUGCCCCAGACAUCAAGGAACCCAUCCAUGAGGCCUUCCCACACAGACCGACCUCAGGAAGGGAAGGAGGAAGUAGGCCAUUCUGACAGCCACAACCUGAGUUGAGGAAACAAGCAGAGGAACACAGAGAGUCUACAUACAGUAAAAGGUGACAGGAGGUAAGCUGCACACAAGGGAAGCCGAGAUGGGUUGGAGGCAAUUAAGGGUGUGUUGCUGCCUCUGUGGCCAAGAGGUGAGUGCAAAGCCCUACGGUGCCCUGUUUAGAGAAGGCUAUUGUUUCAAACAUAUUUUACUUGGUCCCUGGAGGCAGCAUGAAACUGUGAAAGAAAGAGCCUUACCCCUUUUUUCAAGGAGCUCCAGACCACAGUUAUGGGUUGGGUGUGGGUGGUUGCCAUUCGUUCAUUUAUGCCUGUCUGAUAUGGAGCCUCCCUCUGUUACCAGCCCUGUGCACUCAAGUGCCUUGCAGUCCAGUGAGGAUUAACUGUAGGUAAGAUGAGAUGAUGGGCAUAAGUGUAACUGCUGAGGAGGCUUCAUAAAGGGAAAGGUGAUAAGAACUGAGCUUUUCUGGCAUGAGGAGUUUACCAGGCAGGAGAAGUAGAGACGCUAGGCUAGGCAAAUAGGCUGCAGCCAUAAUUCUGUGGAGAAACAGGUGUUGAACCAAGGCAACUCCAUCUGGAGACAUGUAUAAGAAAGAUUAGGAGAUGGAAUCUCCAUCUUGGUCACUUACUUGGUCCUCUAAGACAGAAAUGGGACCGAGAGUCUCUUAAAUACUGGAGUUGUCCUGUCUCCUUGGGCUGAUACCCUGAACUGUCACAUUUGGGUGAAUAACACAUUAAGGGGUAGACGGUCAGUUUGGGGGAAUAAACUAAGUGACUAGGUUGCGGUUCCUCCUCCCAACUAAGCAGACCUCCUGGUGAGUGGUCUUGGGUUGCCCUGUGAGCCCUGAAGCUGUGAAUGGGCCCCACAGAUACUCUAAAGCCAGGCGUCCAUGUGUGCCCGGCUGGGGAUCUAGGCCCCCCUGGUCUACCUAGGAAUCUGAGUCUUGGUGGUCUGAGACACCUGGGGGACGACGUAUCCCGGAGAAGGGACCAGGAUUAAAGGCCACUCCCCAGGCUGCCCGGAGGAGGCUAGAAGGAAGGCGAGGUAGCCGCAGUCCCAGGGAGGGUCUCACCCCUUGCUCCAGGGAUGCGUUCUGGCGGGCCUGGCUGUGCGAAAUCUGGGCUAGUGGCUUUGGCUGCGAACGGAUUAGGUCUGAUCCGAUUAGAGCCUGGGCCGUCGGCUUCGCCCCCUUGCCAGGCUCUGCCAACGCCCGCCCCUCCCUGGUGGAGACCCGGAGACCUCCCUGAGAGCCUUCCCGCCCGGAACACGGGAUUGGUGCAGAAAUUCGAGAGGCUCCAUGCGCCCCGGGCCUGGCUUGUUUCCACAGUGGGGGCUCUUGCUUCCGCCCCCUGCGGCUCUUCUGAGCCCCGCCCCGACCUUGCGGGUAUCUGGGCCCGCGACGUCCCCGCCUCCAUGCUUGCCGCGUGGCGGGUGGGUUCCUCCGGGUCGGGGCCCCGUGCCGCCUGUUCACCUGGGGCAGGACCGUGGCCCCAUCCCACAGGUCUCCCGCCCGUGCACCUGUCGCCUAACGCCGCUUGCCGCGCCGCGCAAGUACGCUUGCCCAGCGCUCCCAGUCCAUGUGUCUCCUAGUCCCCAGCGAGGGGUCUGUCUGUUCCCCUGGCAGGCGGACCGAGGGGCCGGCGUCAGCGCUACGUGCGGCGGGGCCGGCGCGGCGGGCGGGGUGAGGGCGGCGCUGAGCGCAGCGGCGGCAGCGGCGGCGCGGGAGGCGGGGAGGCGCGGCGCGCCGGGGACAGCGGCGGACGGCGGCGGCGGCAUGCGGCUCCUCGCGCUGCCCAUCGUGGGCUGAGGCGUCCGCAGAACGGGCGGGAGGCGCGGCGGCCGGGAGAGCCGAGGGCGCAGCCAGCCGGGCGGACCGCGGACAGCGGUCGGGGCGCCGCGCCAUGGGGCGAGCCGGGGGCGGGGGCCCGGGCCGGGGGCCGCCGCCACUGCUGCUGCUUCUGGGGGCCGCGCUGGUCCUGGCCUCUGGGGCCGUGCCGGCGCGUGAGGCGGGCAGCGCGGUCGAGGCCGAAGAGCUGGUGAAGGGCAGGCCGGCGUGGGAGCCGCGUGCCAACGACACGCGAGAAGAAGCCGGCCCACCAGCGGCUGGGGAAGAUGAGGCGUCGUGGACCGCGCCUGGCGGCGAGCUGGCCGGGCCAGAGGAGGUGCUGCAGGCGACCGGCACCGCCUGGCUGGAGGCUGACAACCCAGGCCUGGGAGGAGUGACCUCAGAGGCGGGUAGUGGCGAUGCCCAGGCCCUUCCAGCUACGCUCCAGGCUCCCCACGAGGUCCUCGGGCAGUCAGUCAUGCCCCCUGCCAUUCCUGAGGCUACAGAAGCCAGCGGGCCACCCUCCCCCACCCCUGGCGACAACCUGAGCCCAGCUUCUGAACUCCCCAAGGAGAGCCCCUUGGAGGUUUGGCUGAACCUGGGGGGCAGCACACCCGACCCUCAAGGGCCAGAGCCGACUUACCCCUUUCAGGGCACCCUGGAGCCCCAACCGGCAUCAGAUAUCAUUGACAUCGACUACUUCCAAGGAUUGGAUGGUGAGGGUCGUGGCGCAGACCUGGGGAGCUUCCCAGGGUCACCAGGAACCUCAGAGAACCACCCUGAUACUGAGGGAGAGACCCCUUCCUGGAGCCUGCUUGACUUAUACGAUGAUUUCACCCCCUUUGAUGAAUCUGAUUUCUACCCCACCACAUCCUUUUACGAUGACUUGGAUGAAGAGGAGGAGGAGGAGGAGGAUGACAAAGAUGCAGUAGGAGGUGGAGACCUAGAAGAUGAAAAUGAGCUUCUAGUGCCCACUGGGAAGCCCGGUCUGGGGCCCGGGACAGGCCAGCCCAACAGUCGAUGGCAUGCUGUCCCUCCACAGCACACUCUGGGGUCGGUCCCCGGCAGCAGCAUCGCCCUCCGGCCCCGCCCAGGAGAGCCAGGCAGGGACCUGGCCUCCAGUGAAAAUGGCACUGAGUGCCGCAGUGGCUUUGUGCGGCAUAACGGCUCCUGCCGGUCAGUGUGCGACCUCUUCCCAAGUUACUGUCACAAUGGCGGCCAGUGCUACCUGGUGGAGAACAUAGGGGCCUUCUGCAGGUGCAACACACAGGACUACAUCUGGCACAAGGGGAUGCGCUGCGAGUCCAUCAUCACCGACUUCCAGGUGAUGUGCGUGGCCGUGGGCUCAGCUGCCCUCGUCCUGCUCCUGCUCUUCAUGAUGACGGUGUUCUUCGCCAAGAAGCUCUACCUUCUCAAGACGGAGAACACCAAGCUGCGUAGGACCAACAAAUUCCGGACCCCAGCUGAACUCCACAAUGAUAACUUCUCCCUCUCCACCAUUGCCGAGGGCUCUCACCCAAAUGUAAGGAAACUUUGCAACACUCCCCGUACCUCCUCCCCCCAUGCCCGUGCCUUGGCUCACUAUGAUAACGUUAUCUGUCAGGAUGAUCCUAGUGCUCCCCACAAAAUCCAGGAGGCUCUCAAAUCCUGCCUGAAAGAGGAGGAGUCAUUUAACAUCCAGAACUCCAUGUCGCCCAAACUUGAGGGUGGCAAAGGUGACCAGGCUGACUUGGAUGUGAACUGUCUUCAGAAUAAUUUAACCUAAAACAGAGCAAGAAGAGAGGAAGCGGGGCUGGUGGGGGGGGGGGUAGGGGAAAGAAACAUUAUCUCCUCUUGUACAGAGUCUAUUUCUUGUAACCAUUUGUUAAACUCUUCUUUUUCUGAUCUCAUGGCAUGCUUUGAUGUAUUUUGUACAGGAGGCAAAAAAAAAAAAUACUUAAAAUAAGCAAAGAAACUGAACAAAAUUGCAUACAUUGGGUUGUUUUGUCUGUGCUGUCUGUACAUUGCUUCUGCUGCUGUGAUUUCUAAACCUGUGCUGUUAUUCAACUGACUUUUUUUUGUACUUUGACCCACCUUUUUUUGAAAUACCAGUAAAAAAACAAAGUUCUUGAAAUAAAACUUUUUAAAAAGUUA